CUACGCCGGAGUCCCGCGGCUGCUACGGAGCAGCGGGCGGCGUGUGGCUGCGAGGCACAGCGGAGCCUAGCAGAGCCAUGCCCACGAACUUUACCGUGGUGCCUGUGGAGGCGCGCGCCGACGGCGCCGGGGACGAGGCUGCUGAGCGCACGGAGGAGGAGCCGGGGUCCCCGGAGAGCGCGGAUCCUGCCUGCCCUACGCCGGGAGAUGGAAACCCCAGGGAGAGCAGCCCGUUCAUCAACAAUGUGGAGGUGGAAAGAGAGAGCUACUUCGAGGGGAAGAACAUGGCACUUUUUGAGGAAGAGAUGGACAGCAACCCCAUGGUGUCAUCACUGCUGAACAAGCUGGCCAACUACACCAACCUGAGCCAGGGCGUGGUGGAGCAUGAAGAAGAUGAGGACAGCCGGAGGCGGGAGGUCAAGGCCCCACGCAUGGGCACCUUCAUUGGAGUCUACCUGCCCUGCCUACAGAACAUCUUGGGUGUCAUCCUUUUCCUGCGCCUGACGUGGAUUGUGGGGGCAGCUGGUGUCCUGGAGUCCUUCCUCAUCGUGGCCAUGUGCUGUACCUGUACGAUGCUGACUGCCAUCUCCAUGAGUGCCAUCGCUACCAACGGGGUGGUCCCAGCGGGAGGCUCGUACUACAUGAUUUCCCGUGCGCUGGGGCCUGAGUUUGGAGGGGCUGUUGGCCUCUGCUUCUACCUGGGCACAACGUUUGCAGGCGCCAUGUACAUCCUGGGGACCAUCGAGAUCUUCCUGACCUACAUCUCUCCAAGUGCAGCCAUCUUCCAGGCGGAGACGACAGAUGGCGAGGCAGCGGCCCUGCUGAACAACAUGCGGGUGUAUGGCAGCUGCGCGCUGGCCCUCAUGGCAGUAGUGGUCUUUGUUGGUGUCAAAUAUGUCAACAAGCUGGCGCUGGUCUUCUUAGCCUGCGUUGUGCUUUCUAUCCUGGCCAUCUACGCUGGGGUCAUCAAGACAGCCUUCGCCCCGCCUGACAUCCCGGUCUGUCUUCUUGGGAACCGCACGCUGGCAAACCGCAACUUUGAGACCUGUGCCAAAAUGCAGGUUGUCAGCAAUGGUACGGUGACCACCGCACUUUGGCGUCUCUUCUGCAAUGGCUCCAGCUUGAGUGCCACCUGUGACGAGUACUUUGCACAGAACAACGUCACUGAGAUCCAGGGGAUCCCUGGUGUGGCCAGCGGUGUCUUCCUGGAUAACCUGUGGAGCACAUAUUCGGACAAGGGGGCAUUUGUGGAAAAGAAGGGUGUGUCCUCAGUGCCUGUGUUUGAGGAGAGCCGUCCUAGUGGAUUGCCGUAUGUCCUCACAGACAUCAUGACCUACUUCACCAUGCUAGUUGGCAUCUACUUCCCCUCUGUAACUGGGAUCAUGGCAGGAUCCAACCGCUCUGGGGACCUCAAGGAUGCCCAAAAGUCCAUCCCAACAGGAACCAUUCUGGCCAUUGUGACCACGUCUUUCAUUUAUCUCUCCUGCAUCGUGCUGUUUGGGGCCUGCAUUGAAGGUGUGGUCUUGCGAGAUAAGUUUGGGGAGGCCCUGCAAGGGAACCUAGUCAUUGGCAUGCUGGCCUGGCCAUCCCCUUGGGUCAUCGUCAUUGGCUCCUUCUUCUCCACCUGUGGCGCUGGCCUGCAGAGCCUGACUGGGGCACCCCGCCUGCUGCAGGCCAUUGCCCGUGAUGGCAUCAUCCCCUUCCUGCAGGUGUUUGGCCAUGGAAAAGCCAAUGGGGAGCCCACAUGGGCCCUGCUGCUCACCGCCCUCAUCUGUGAGACAGGCAUCCUCAUCGCCUCCCUGGACAGUGUGGCCCCGAUCCUGUCCAUGUUCUUCCUCAUGUGCUACAUGUUUGUGAACCUGGCCUGUGCUGUACAGACCCUGCUGCGCACCCCCAACUGGCGUCCACGUUUCAAGUUCUACCACUGGACCCUCUCCUUCCUCGGGAUGAGCCUCUGCCUCGCCCUGAUGUUCAUCUGCUCCUGGUACUAUGCCCUGGUUGCCAUGCUCAUCGCUGGCUGCAUCUACAAGUACAUUGAGUACCGCGGGGCUGAGAAGGAAUGGGGUGAUGGCAUCAGGGGCCUGUCGCUGAAUGCUGCCCGCUAUGCCCUGCUGCGUGUGGAACAUGGGCCCCCACAUACCAAGAACUGGAGGCCCCAGGUGUUGGUGAUGCUGAACCUGGAUUCCGAGCAGUGUGUAAAGCACCCCCGCCUGCUGUCCUUCACCUCGCAGCUGAAGGCUGGCAAGGGCCUGACCAUCGUGGGCUCUGUGCUGGAGGGUACCUACUUAGACAAGCAUGUGGAGGCCCAGCGUGCUGAAGAGAAUAUCCGGUCUCUGAUGGGUGCAGAGAAGACCAAAGGCUUCUGCCAACUGGUGGUGUCCUCCAACCUGCGAGAUGGUGCAUCCCACCUGAUCCAGUCAGCUGGCCUCGGUGGCAUGAAGCACAACACUGUCCUCAUGGCCUGGCCAGAGGCCUGGAAGCAGGCAGAUAACCCUUUCUCCUGGAAGAACUUUGUGGACACUGUCCGGGACACGACAGCAGCACAUCAAGCAUUGUUGGUGGCCAAAAACAUCGACUUGUUCCCACAGAACCAAGAGCGCUUCAGCAAUGGGAACAUCGAUGUGUGGUGGAUCGUGCACGAUGGCGGCAUGCUCAUGUUGCUGCCCUUCCUGCUGCGCCAGCACAAGGUGUGGCGAAAGUGCCGCAUGCGCAUCUUCACCGUGGCCCAAGAGGAUGACAACAGCAUCCAGAUGAAGAAAGACUUGCAGAUGUUCCUGUACCACCUCAGGAUCAGCGCUGAGGUGGAGGUGGUGGAGAUGGUUGAAAAUGAUAUUUCUGCAUUCACCUAUGAGAAGACGCUAAUGAUGGAGCAGAGGUCACAGAUGCUGAAACAGAUGCAGCUGUCCAAGAAUGAGCGGGAGAGGGAGGCCCAGUUGAUUCACGACAGGAACACCGCAUCCCAUACCACAGCGGCCGCUAGAACCCAAGCCCCACCAACACCCGACAAAGUCCAGAUGACGUGGACGAAAGAGAAACUCAUUGCGGAAAAACACAGGAACAAGGACACCGGCGCACCGGGCUUCAAAGACCUCUUCAGCCUAAAACCAGAGUGGGGAAACCUGGACCAGUCCAACGUCAGGAGGAUGCACACCGCUGUGAAGCUCAAUGGUGUUGUUCUCAACAAGUCCCAGGACGCCCAGCUGGUGCUGUUGAAUAUGCCAGGCCCUCCGAAAAAUCGGCAGGGGGAUGAGAACUACAUGGAAUUUCUUGAGGUCUUGACCGAGGGUCUGAACAGGGUCCUCCUGGUCAGGGGUGGCGGCCGGGAAGUCAUCACCAUCUACUCCUAACCCUGCCGCCUAGACACACCUGGAUGGGGUCAGGACUGUUGCUAGCAGCCUGUGGCCAGGCUGGGGCCCACCAGCGUGCUAUCUGGUCAUUGCCCUGGCAGUUGUUGCCUGGCCUACCAAGAUGCUGCAGUGAUUCCGGCCACCUGCCACACAUGGCUUCCCACAGACAUAACACCCCCUAGGCUUCCUCCAAACAGAAGAUGCUCCGGGGGAGUACCUGGAGCUGUUCUGAUAGGAAUGGC